AUCGAACCUUCGCCUGGAGUUACUUCACAAGUCUCCGGCAUAGGUCUUCAUGGAUGAAAUUGGGGAAGUCGAUCGGCAUAUUGGGAAGGAAGAAAGCCUUCGGACAACCUUGGUGAGCAAUGGCCGGGUCGACUUUAGGGGGAGAAUUGCAGAUAAGCGAACAACCGGCGGAUGGAAGGCGUCCCCGUUCAUCAUAGCGAAUGAGGUGGCGGAGAGGUUAGCAUUUUUCGCAAUUGCGGUGAACAUGGUGUCUUACUUGGUAUUUGAGAUGCACCAGUCGAUUCCGAAAGCUGCUACUCACGUGACUGACUGGAUUGGAGCUGCCUAUGUUCUCACAAUCCUUGGCGCUUUCUUGGCCGAUGCUUGUUUGGGCCGAUUCGGAACCAUCGUCAUCUUCUCUUCCAUUUAUGCUGUUGGAAUGGUGUUGUUAACACUCUCAGCCUCCAUAGACAGCCUACAUCCAUCUCCAUGCACCAAGCAACCAUGCAAACCGGCAUCCUAUGGCCAAACAGUCUUUCUCAGUUGCGCCUUAGCCCUCAUAGCCCUUGGGACCGGUGGUAUCAAGCCAUGCGUCUCCUCUUUCGGGGCUGAUCAAUUUGACGAGGCAGAUGAAAAUGAAGUCCACAAGAAAUAUGCAUUCUUCAAUUGGUUCUUCUUCGCCAUCAACAUUGGUGCACUCUUCGGUAUCACUCUCUUGGUCUACAUUCAAGUGGAGAAAAGCUGGAGUUGGGGUUUCGGAGUUCCAACGGCUACCAUGUUUUGUUCCAUCAUAAUCUUGGUCGCUGGUAUGAGGUAUUAUCGUUACCAAAGGCCGAUGGGAAGUGCCUUUACAAGGUUCCUUCAGGUCAUUGUGGCUUCAGUCAGGAACCACUCUAGAGGGGUUGAAGUGGGACGUGAAGAUGAUCUAUAUGAAGUCAGCACUAAAGAGUCAGAUAUCUUCGGCGCCGUAAAGCUCCCUCAUACCGCACAAUACAGCUUUUUGGACAAAGCAGCAGUUAUAACAGACGCUGAAGCCAUCACAAAGAACCGUUGGAGGCUAUGCACAGUCACCCAAGUUGAAGAAUUCAAAUCUUUACUCAGAGUCCUACCAGUCUGGGCCUCCACCAUAGCCCUCUCCAUUUCAUUCGCCCAACUCUCCACCUUCUUCAUCAGCCAGGCCCUCAUCAUGGACAGAAAACUUGGCCCCAGUUUCGUCAUUCCAGCUGGUUCCAUUCCCGUGUUUAGCGCCAUUACCGGCCUCAUCCUUGUCCCCAUCUACGAAAAAUGGAUCGUUCCCAUUCUCCGCCGCUAUACUGGGCACCGUAGAGGCAUCACAUCACUACAACGAAUGGGCGUCGGCCUAUUCGUGUCCAUAAUUGCUAUGGCCUCUGCUGCCUUGGUAGAAAAGAGACGGCGUGACCAUUCUAAACCAUUAACGGUGAGCGUGUUCUGGCUGCUUCCACAGUACUUCCUCAUGGGGAGCGCUGAAGUUUUUACGUACGUCGGACAACUUGAGUUCUUCUACGAUGAAGCCACCGACGGGACUCGAAGCAUUAGCAGCGCAAUUUUUCUGAGUGAGAUUGGGAUAGGAAGCUGGUUGAGCAGUGCCAUCGUUGAGAUCAUCGAAGGCACAACUGGCGGGGAAGAAAAAGGGUGGCUGAGGAAUGAUAUUAACCAAAGCCGGCUGGACUAUUUCUACUGGAUACUGGCGGGGAUCAAUGGAGUUAAUUUCUUGAUAUAUUUAUGGAUUGCUCGGCGUUAUAAGGGCAAAGGUAGUGAAAAGUGGAGUGUGAGAGAUGUAGCCGUUCAUGGUUGAGAAAGAGAGGAUUCUGAAACCGUAAGGUAAGAUCUUCUGAAAUCACAAUUUAUCUUAUCUCCUCAUGGUUGUUUAUUUGGCAAAUUGUCCAAUGCCCAUUACUGACAUAUUGCAAUCGUCAAAUAUGUUUGACAUCAUCAAUUGUUGCAAAUUUUUUUUA